UUAAAUGAUCAUGAUCAAGAACACAACAGAAAGUUUCUCAGCGUUCACUUAUGCAUAUCGCACAACAUGGAACAGCGAGCUUUUUCUCCGACAGCAUCCAGUUGCAUGCAAAAGUCCUUCGUAGCAUGGCUAGCGUACUGCAAAGCAUCCAAAUCCCGAUGCGCUUACGAGAAAUCAAAACAGCAAGCUGAAGCGAGGAUUUCCGCCAUAACGAUGCGUGAGAAGGAUACGACGGAAAAAGACCAAGCACUUACGUCUGCAACAAAACAACAUAACCAUGCCGUGGUGUCUGUGAUGCCAAUUCGCAAAAACGACCAUCCCUCAUCGGAUAAUUUGGCGGCCAAAAGCGAAACUUCCACGGGUCGUUCCCAGCCGUCAUCCUCUUCAGGCUCCGACCGUCGGAAAAUGCCAGUGGAUAAACGAUUCGCUGAUUUCCAGAAGCGCGCAGAGGAACGCGAAAAACGGCACGCAGAGCUAAAAAAGCUUAAAGAGCAACAACAAGCACAAGAAGUCGCUCUCCGGCGUCAAGCUGAAGAAGAAGCUAGAAAUGCUGAGAUUGAAAGGAAAAUCUUAGCAGCCAGGGAGCGAAAAGAGCGGCUAGAGAAGGAAAGGUCACUGAAGCAGCGCAAACAGCAGGAAGCAGAAAUGCUGCGUAUUAAGAUGGCGCUUGCUGAUUCAUUCCGAAGGAAAAUGCUCUUGCUAUCUUAUGGAAUGGAACCGUGGAAAUGUUUAUUGCGAAUGCAGAAUCAAAAAAGGGAAACUGCUGUAGCACAUCACGAGCAUCGGCUAUGUGCGAAUGUUGUAAAAGUUUGGUGUCAACUGACACAGACCACAUUAAACGCGAAGCAGUUGAUUGCAGACAAAAUGGUCGAGCGUCUGUGGAAAUCACUGAUAAUUCGGCAUUUGUCUCAGGUCCAACUAUGGAAGAAACGUCUGAUUUCCAGACUGUCACCUUUUGUUCGCCGAUUUAAGCAACGACGCAUUUUGCUGAUUUGGAGAUUUUACCUUGAAGAUGAAGAAAUUUAUUACCAGCGGAUAACGAGGCAAUGUGAAAACUUAUUUUCGAGGUGUACAAAAGUGAUGGUGUUAGAAAAAUGGCAAACAUUACCUGCUGUUAUGAAAGAACAAAGACUGCGAAACUCAAUUAUCCUGCAGCUGUGCACGACAAUACAAGCUCUUCUUCCAGACUUCAGUCUCUCGGAAACAUUUGUAGAGCAAUGGGAACUUCAACUCACUGAACCACAUAAAGCAAUAUCCACACCAGAAAUUCCAUUAUCGAGUAAACACAGCAACAGCGUGCUCGAGCAGUCUGAUUUAAAACAGGUUGAAUCUGGUAAUUUCCUCUAAUAUGCUACAAAGUUUCGCAGCGAAAACUGAAAACCAGCAAAUCAACGGACAUCCAAUUCAGUCUGUGGAGAACAAUAGGAAAGUGGUAGACGAAUGUUAGGUUUCCAUGCUUUCUUCCUGUACUGCUUCCGGGGAAUCGGAAUCCUCACUGGAAACUGACGGCGACCGGCUGCUCUGGGAGGACACAUCGCCGGAUUCGUUUCUGUUCUCUCCCUCAGUCUUCUCCACCGACGUGGAUGUCCUGUCGGGUACUGCAGCAGUAACGGGACGCUCCUGGGACUCAAAGUCAUCAUUUCCGGUGGGGUUAGUUUGGCUGUCGGGCUGGUCGCCCACCGAAUCCUUGG